AUGCCUGGAUAUGCCUUGAAAGACUCCGCCGUCGCGGAUGCCGACCCUACCGUCCCUGUCAACGAGAGAAUCGGCGGCGAUUCCGAGUCUGGUACGGUCUCUGAAAGGUCGCCCUUGGGGAACAAAGCUCGUUCUCUAUCUGAUGGCGGAAGGACGCCGUCGAAGCCAUCGUCUUCACCGACAAUCAGCCAAGAAACGCGGAAAAUUUCAAAGGACGACUUCGACCUGAGGGAUUCGCAGCCUCCAUCUACGCCGCGUCGCCCCGAAAUCAAAGGCCUGUCGAUGCAGAUGCCCUCUCGCCAACACACCCCCCCACCAGCCGGACCCAACCCUUACAUCAAACCGCCGCCGCUUUCACCCAAGCUUGACCACUCACAGAUUUACGCAUCUCCGACCAAUAUCCUUCCGCGCCGCUCGCGUGGCCUUGAUUUUUCCCGGGCAGCUACCAGCUUGCACCACUCAACGCUCGCAGAAUCAUCCCCAGACUCGUCACCGACUAUUGGCGGCCGGGCCAUGAAUAUUUCGGGCCCCAGGAACGAAUACGGCGGUCCGGAGCAGACAUCUUCGUCGCUAUGGUCGAUUAUGGGCAACCAUGAAAAGAUGAAUGUCAGUAGCUCCCUUGGGAGCACCACGCAACCAACGAUUGGGUCUGAUUCUUCAAGCUCUUCAGACGACGAUGAUUUCAUGGACGAAGACAUGGAUGAGGCGUAUGUUACGACUCCGCAAGUGUCCAGGCUGAACCUGAACGUGGGAAACCCGGGACCGUUCGGAUCCCCUGCCAUGAGCAGCCUCAUGAGUUUCCAGCAACGACAGCGGCAUCGAAAGCAACCAAAAAAAAAGACACGGGGGCCACUGGGACUAGGCUUUAACAUCUCCAAGUCCCCGCCAAGCAACUCUUCAAAGGCUCGCAGGGAGAGCAUCAGCUGGCAGGCAGACCAACUACAUAUAUCUGCCGGGGACGGAGACGAAAGUACGAAAUCACAAAGCGACGUUGAUGCCAAUGCCGGAGAUGGACCACAGCGAGGUGUAAUUCGUCGGACCGUAACACGUCGCGGCAAUCUUUUGCCCAAGACUAAGACGUUUGCCCGGAUACGUGCCGCGCUUUUCGAGGAAGGAGCGCCAGCUGAGGCGGAGACUCGACGGGAGGCUGAAGUUGUGAAGCAGGUCCGGGAGAGUGAUGUAGCUCUUGAACCCCGUGUAUCGCUCCCCGCAAACGAGUCCGGCGCCGCCCCAGGCACGGCUGCAGGCACGGCUGCCAGUAGCAUGUCCUCUCCGAACCUAGCGACGAAUGACUUUAUCGAGGAUAUUCAAGAGGAUGACAUAAGUAUGAUGGGCGAGUUAUCAUCAGGUCUAUCCAGUAGUUUCAAGCAACAGGCUAUCAAGAAUUCCAAAGGCAAGACAUUCUGGGACACAUUCUCUGAGUCGAGUAGCAUGGGAGGUGCUCAAACAACGCCGCCCCCGCCAUCUUUCCUUCCGCGAGGUUCGACCUCGGGCAUAAGUGAAGAUGCGGCCAUGGACUCCUCCUUGCCAUAUCAUCUUCCGGAAAACCCAGCUUCCCAGAGCAGCAGCGCACAGGCACCGAGUGCUGCAGAGAUCACUAGGAGAAUCAACAACAAAAGGCGCAGGGACGAUGAUUUCGACCCCACGAGCUUCAAGCGGCGAGCCGUCAGCCCAGGCAUGAGCGCUCACAACUCGCCCAUCCUGCAGAGCCCUAUGCAGCGCGAGUCGAUAUGGGGUUCUCGGCCAGGCAGCACCGGGGGCGAUAGAUGCGGCAGCAGUGCGCAGAGCGAAGCUGGCAGUGUUGGUGGCGGGACGCCGGCCCACCCGGCCGCGGGAACGACUGGGCGGCUCAGUAGCAAGGGUAGAGUGGGAUUCCAAGGUAUGAAUGAUACCCAUGACGGAAUCAUGAGAAUGAGCAUUGAAUGA